CUGUGGGGCCUCCAAGCCCAUCCCAGCAUCCUUUGCACCACGCACAAAAAGCCUGGCGCGGUUUGGCUCCUUCGGCCGCCGUAGUCUCUAAGUUGCUAUGGAAACCCAGCUACCUUCGCUAUGUCUUUGCAGCAGGCCCCUCAGUCGCGGGUGUUCGUGGAACUGGUUCCCUGGGCUGACCGGGGCCGGGAGAACAAUGUGGUCUCGGGGGGUGAGUUGCUGCCAGGACCCCGACGCCACGUCCCUUCAGCACAGGCCCAAACUGCGACCCGCGAGGUGCACGUUAGCGGCACCGCUGAGGUGUCUGCGAGCCCUGACCGGGCGCAGGUGGCGGUGCUAGUGAGCAGCACGAAGGAGGCGGCGGCCGAGGCCAAGAAGAGCGUUUGCCGCCGCCUGGACUACAUCACACAGAGCCUCCAGCAGCAAGGUGUGCAGGCAGAAUAUGUAACUGUGACAAAGGAUUUUAGAAGAAUGGAAAAUGCUUAUCACAUGGAAGCAGAGGUCUGCAUUACAUUUACUGAAUUUGGAAAAAUGCAAAAUAUUUGUAACUUUCUUGUUGAAAAGCUAGAUAGCUCUGUCGUCAUCAGCCAGCCCCAGUUCUAUCAUACUCCAGGUUCUGUUGAGAAUCUUCGACGGCAAGCCUGUCUUGUUGCUGUUGAGAACGCAUGGCGCAAAGCUCAAGAAGUCUGUAACCUUGUCGGCCAAACUCUAGGAAAACCUUUAUUAAUCAAAGAAGAAGAAACAAAAGAAUGGGAAGGCCAAAUAGAUGAUCUCCAGUCAUCCAGACUCUCAAGUUCAUUAACUGUACAACAAAAAAUCAAAAGUGCGACAAUACAUGUUGCUUCAAAAGUAUUUAUAACUUUUGAAGUAAAGGGGAAAGAGAAGAAAAGAAAAAAUCUCUGAAAUUCCAACUAAAAUAUA